CCACAAUGCCGUGGCCUCGAUGUUCCACCUAAAAGGCGGUCGCGGCCUCAAGCCAACAAGCCUCGCAGGCUUCUCGACACAAGCUGUUGGAUUGGCGCCACUGCCACGGCAGGCAUUUGCUUCGAGUAGAACGCAAUCAAAAGGUUCAGGAGGCAGGUAUCGUGGACCUGUUCGUGGUGAAUGGCGUUCACUCUCAACCCUCACCAGGCCACGUCUGAAAUAUUCCAGAUAAAUCAGAGUCAUGUACGGCUUGUGACACAGCUUCGGAGGUCCUCCACUCAGCCACCAAAAGACAGUGAACUGGAAAAGCAGAAGACUACUACUACCAGUGCGGACCCUUCAUCCAGUCCUACUGGCUCCAAGCCAAAAUUGACAACGCUCCUGCCACGCCUUCCAAAAACCGCCCACGAGAACAUCUACACUAUCCCCAACAUUCUCACAUUUACACGUCUCCUCGCGGCUCCAGCAGUAGGCUACUUGAUCCUGCACUCACAACCAUUCUGGGCCCUGUCGCUCUUCUUCUACGCCGGCGUCACCGACCUCGUAGAUGGCUACCUGGCGCGACGCUUCAACAGCCAGACCGUGGUCGGCACAGUCAUCGACCCUAUGGCCGACAAAGCUCUAAUGACCAUCGCAGUAGUCACUCUAACCAUAAACGGCACAUUGCCCAUCUGGCUUGCAGUCAUCAUUCUAGGGCGCGACGUCGCUCUAGCCAUUUCGGCCAUCUACUUUCGCUGGAUAUCGCUGCCGCCGCCAAAGACAAUGGCGCGAUAUUGGGAUUUCAGUCUACCAAGUGCCGAGGUGCAUCCGACGGAGAUCUCCAAAAUCAACACAUUCUUGCAGUUGUUGCUCAUCGGCAACGCGAUGUUGCUGCCUGUGUUGCCUGAAGCGUUGGUGCACGCGUACAAUCUGACCGGCGUAUUUGAAGGCUGGUCGUACCUCGUUGCCUGCACGACGGUUUGGAGUGGGUUGAGCUAUAUUGGCAAUAGAGAAGCUGUGAAGAUUUUGAGCAGCAAGGAGAUUGACGAGCAAAUGGCGAAGCGCGAGAAGGCGAAGGAGGAUAAGGAGUUGAAGUAGUCGAAACCACCAAGACGUGCAAUGUGUGGCAGCAACGAAAGUCGACACUGUAGAAUAUCGUCGUCCGAAGAAUAUAACAUUCGCCAAACCUCCGGAGGUCCUCUUA